ACACGGAAUGCCAUUCCCCACUCGGCCAGAGGACGGGACACGGUGAGGAGCUGCUGUGUCGCUCAUUCUACCCCCUCUCCUGUCGUCACCCCCCAUUGUCCUUGUUGUUUAGUUGCCUUUUUGUUUGUUCGUCCACACGGUUAGCUAGUUUCAGUCAUGUAUCGGUAUUUCGGGGAGCUGCUGAGCCGCUCUGCGGGUAGUGCCCUGGCCUCGGGGUGCGUUGACUCCGCUCUCCCGGCUACCUCGUCCCUGAUGAGGGUCCGUCGCUAUGCCGACGCGGCGGACCAGCCCGACGACCCCAACUUCUUCAAGAUGGUCGAGGGCUUCUUCGACCGCGGCGUCAGCAUCGUGGAGGACAAGCUGGUGGAGGAUCUGAGGACCAGGGAGACCCCCGAGCAGAAGAGGAACCGUGUGCGGGGCAUCCUGCGCAUCAUCAAGCCAUGUAAUCACGUCCUGAGCGUGUCUUUCCCCAUCAGGAGGGAUAACGGAGAGUGGGAGGUGGUGGAGGGGUACCGCGCCCAGCACAGCCAGCACCGGACACCCUGCAAAGGGGGUAUCCGUUACAGUACAGAUGUGUCUGUGGAUGAGGUCAAAGCCCUGGCCUCUCUGAUGACCUACAAGUGCGCCGUUGUUGAUGUGCCAUUCGGUGGAGCCAAAGCUGGAGUCAAGAUCAACACCAAGAAUUACUCUGAUAAUGAGCUGGAGAAGAUUACCAGGAGAUUCACUAUUGAGCUGGCCAAAAAGGGUUUUAUUGGACCCGGCAUCGAUGUCCCGGCCCCGGACAUGAGCACGGGAGAGAGGGAAAUGUCCUGGAUUGCUGACACAUACGCCAACACCAUUGCACACACUGACAUCAACGCCCAUGCAUGUGUGACAGGGAAGCCCAUCAGCCAGGGAGGAAUCCACGGACGUAUCUCAGCCACCGGUCGCGGAGUUUUCCACGGCAUCGAGAACUUCAUCAACGAGGCGUCCUACAUGAGCAUGCUGGGCCUGACGCCCGGCUUCCAGGACAAGACCUUCAUCGUCCAGGGCUUUGGUAAUGUGGGUCUCCACUCUAUGAGGUACCUGCACAGGUUUGGGGCCAAGUGUGUGGGCGUCGGAGAGAUUGAUGGAUCCAUCUACAACCCAGAGGGCAUCGACCCCAAACAGCUGGAGGACUACAAGCUGGAACACGGCACCAUUGUGGGCUUCCCCGGAGCCAAACCCUACGAAGGAAGCAUUCUGGAAGCUGACUGCCACAUCCUGAUUCCUGCUGCCGGAGAAAAGCAGCUCACACGUGCCAACGCCCCCAGGAUCAAGGCCAAGAUCAUUGCCGAAGGUGCCAACGGUCCCACCACCCCAGACGCUGACAAGAUCUUCCUGGAGAACAAUGUCAUGGUUAUUCCUGACAUGUACCUGAAUGCUGGAGGUGUGACAGUGUCUUAUUUCGAGUGGCUGAAGAAUCUCAAACAUGUCAGCUAUGGAAGACUGACCUUCAAAUAUGAGAGGGACUCAAACUACCACCUGCUCAGUGAGUACAAGGCUGCUCUUUGUUUCCUCUAUAACCUGCAGACAGACCAGAGUGUGCUGAGGUCAUACAACACAAUCAGAAGAUACAUUAUCGUAACAUUUCUGUGACACAUUCUGAAACAAUAUAUAAACACCAAAACAAAUUUCCCCUGCAUGCAUGAGCACCAAUGUUUAUAAGAAUCUCCCCAUACGCUAUUAAGUCGCCAUGUCAAGGCAUCUAUAUUGCUAUAAACUGAAAAACUGCAAAAUAAAACUCACACACAAGCCAGGGGAAACCCUGCCUUACAAACUAAAUACAAAUCAGAAAACAAUAUAUAAUAGAUCUUACAACCCAAUUACAUAUUCCUAAAAUAAAGUAGUAGGAUAAAGCUUUAAGAAUC